CUAAACAUACCUUUUCAUCACACACACUAAACACUAAACACAAAAACAAACAUGAAGAUGCAAUCCAACAAUCCUUUGCUAUUGAUCAAGCUUUUAGCCUUGCAUUCCCUACUCGCUUUAUCAGCGGCACAAGAUUUCGAUUUCUUCUACUUUGUUCAACAGUGGCCAGGAUCGUACUGUGACACGAAACAAGGUUGUUGCUACCCAAGUACCGGAAAACCAUCGUCUGAUUUCGGAAUUCAUGGACUUUGGCCCAACAGAAACGACGGUUCAUAUCCCUCCAACUGUGACUCUAGCAACCCUUUUGAUGCUUCCAAGAUUUCGGACCUUACAAGCCACAUGCAAACACAAUGGCCAACAUUAGCAUGCCCAAGCAACAAUGGGUUAACAUUUUGGGGUCAUGAGUGGGACAAACAUGGGACUUGUUCAGAAUCAGUUCUUAACCAACACGAUUAUUUCGCGACCACACUUAGCCUCAAGAACGAAAUCAAUCUCCUCCAAGCUCUCAGAACCGCGGGGAUUCAACCAAAUGGGCAAAAGUAUAGUCUUAGUAGCAUAAAAACCGCGAUUCAACAAGCGAGUGGUUACACUCCAUGGGUCGAGUGUAAUAAUGAUUUGUCCGGUAACAGCCAAUUGUACCAAAUCUACUUGUGUGUGGAUUCAUCGGCUUCGGGUUUCAUUGAAUGUCCUGUCUUUCCAAAGGGAAGCUGUGGUUCCUCCAUUGAGUUCCCUUCAUUCUAACUUUCUUAUUUCAUUUUAAUUAAUUUCCUCAUGUAUAAGUAUGAACAUGUUUGUUUCAUGAUGAAUUUGUAUGUGUUUUUUUUUUAAAUUCUCUUCUUGUAACGCAUUUUCUUUUAAACUUAAAAUGUUAUUCGAACAACAUUAUUGUUA